AGUACAGCUGCAGUGGUUGACAACACAUCAAGCAGUGUGCUGGAGACGGAGCCAAACAGAGCUCAGCAUCCAUGACCCCGGUGUUUAGCAGGUGAAGAAUGGGAUCCGCGGCAUUGCUGACAUGGCCAGAUCCACCAACCGAAGCGCCGAGGACGGGGAUCCCCGCGUGAGCGCCCCCACGGACCGAGCGGAGGCGCGGGACCUGGCCGAGCCCCGGGAGCUGUCUCUGGAGGAGGUGCUGAAGUCCUACGAGCAGCCCAUCAACGAGGAGCAGGCAUGGGCGGUGUGCUACCAGUGCUGCAGCGGGCUCAGGGUGCCCCGCCCGCAGCUGCGGAGACCCGGCCGGGUGAAGGAGCCGUCCUCCAUCCUCCUCCACAGGGACGGAACCGUGUCGUUAAAGGAGGAGCCGCGACCGGACAAUGAAAAUGAUGCUGCUGACCUUCCACCCAUCGCUGAGCGCCAGCUGGUUCAGUCCCUUGGUGUGGCCAUCUAUCGAGCGCUGGACUGGGGGCUGGAUGAAAAUGAGGAGAGGGAGCUCAGCCCGCAGCUGGAGAGCCUUAUCGAGCGAAUGGCCGGGGGAGACCAGAACCAAGAGGGGACCAGCUCUGCUGGCAGCGGUGCCUCGGAUGAGGGGUACAGCGGACAGGAAGAAGAAGAGGAGGAGGAGGAGAAGGAGGAGGGGGUGAAAAGGCCAGUUAGUUCGUUUAGUCAGGUGGUGGUGCUCUGUGCAUCUCGUCUGGCCAAUCCGAGCCUGGCUCCAGACCACUACCAGGCUGUCUGCCGCGCUCUGUUUGUGGAGACUCUGGAGCUGCAGACCUUCCUCAACAAGAUCCGAGAAACAAAGGAGAUGUUGAAGAAAAUUUCUUCUCAAGAGCUUCAGGAGGACAGAUCCACAGCUGAGCUAGAUGCGCUGAAGCACACAGACUGGGCUCGUCUGUGGGUGCAGCUGAUGAAGGAGCUGAGGCAGGGGGUGAAGCUGAAGAAGGUCCAGGAGCAACCGUUCAACCCGCUCCCCACCGAGUUCAGCCUGACGCCAUUUGAAAUGCUAAUGCAGGACAUUCGAGCUCGAAAAUUUCAGCUUCGCAAAGUCAUGGUGGACGGUGACAUUCCAACAAGAGUGAAGAGAAGUGCCCAUGAACUGAUCCUGGACUUCAUCAGAUCCAGACCUCCUCUCAAACCUGUUUCAGAACGCAGCCUUCCUCCUCCUCCUCCACAGCAGCAGUCGCUUCAUGAACGCGUCCUGGCAGAGAUCAAGCAGGAGAGGAAGCUCAGGCCUGUGGCACCACACACAGCCAGAUCGUUCGGCUCGCUGCCCUGUCUGGCUCAGACGUGUCCUUGCAAUGUCAAAUCCACAUCUUGCAUUGAUCUGUCGGUAUCGGAGCCUCGGCCGCCGGCCCGGCCUCGCAUCCUGCUCAAGGCUCCGACGCUGGCGGAGAUGGAGGAGAUGAACAUCUCUGAGGAAGAGGAGUCUCCAGUUGAAGGAGAGAUGAGGAGGACAGAGAGUUCUCCCACACCGCUGAAAAGAGAUCGGUCCUUCUCUGAGCAUGACCUGGCCUUCCUCCGCGGGGACAUCCUUCCCUCACUGUCUGAGUCAGCCCAGCUGGACGACAUCGUAAGGCUGAGGGACACCAGGCCGAGAUCCAGAACGCUGACCGGCACCGGGCCGCCCCCUCAUCACCGAGCUUCCUUCCCCGUCCACGGCUGGGUGCCUCCGUCUCCCGCUCGCCUGUCUCUGAGUUCGGUCGACGAGGCCAUAGAGGCUCCUGAGACGACAACAGACGCCAGAACUGGAGAUCAGUGGAUGGAGGAGUUCAGCCAUCCUGUUGAGAGUCUGGCCUUAACGCUGGAUGAGAUCAUCAACGUGCGCCGAGUUCUCGUCAAAGCAGAAAUGGAGAAAUAUCUUCAGAGCAAAGAGCUGUACAAUAACCUGAAGCGUGGAAAGGUUUGCUGCUGCUGCAGAGUGAAAUUUCCCCUCUUCUCUUGGCCCUCUACAUGCUUACUGUGCAAAAGGUCCGUUUGUGGCUCCUGCAGUGCAAAGAUGAAGAUUCCCUCCAAGAAGAUGGCCCAUAUUCCUGUGUAUACCCUGGGCUUUCACAGCACCCCAAAGAGCCACGGCCACAAAAGCCUGGUCUACAAAUCCUUGCGAACUCUGUCCCGCUGCUCAGUGGAGGAAGAAUUUCCACACCUGUACGCCCACGGCUGCACGCUGCGUGACAUCUGCGCCGAAUGCACCAAGUUCGUCGCCGACGUCAUUUCCUCCAGCCGUCGGAGCCUGGACUUCCUCAACAACACCCCAAAGAGGGAGGCCAAGGCCGCUGAGAGGCCUCAGCUGCAGCGACAGUCCAACUUCGAGGCUUUGCCUCAACCGAACCAUCACCACCAACGACCUUCACCGCAGCUCCACCGCACUGAGACCGCCGACAGCACGAAGCAAUGACUGAAUCAGACACUGACCUCACUGUGCACACGUUUGUCGGAGGAGGGUUCCCCUUCGCUUCCCGAGAGUCGCAGGGUGUCUUAUAGUCAUAUAAUCCAGUAAAGGUGCUUCUGUGUUGAUUCUGCUGGGUUGGAGCGUUAAAUGUAUCAUUUAACUGUCAAGCUUAGGUCUAGAAGAAAAAUCACUGAAGCAGUUCAGAACUCUUUUUAGCAAGAAUGUAGAGAUCUCUUUUUUUUUUUUUUUGCUCAGCUGCUUUACCUUCCAACUCUCCUCAUCUAACUCACAACACACACAUAAACACACAUUCACUUGGAUCUCUUUCUGCAUCUGCCCUAUCUGCUGCACCAUACUUUCACUCACGCACAGGGGUGGGGGGGUGAA